AUGGUGAUCUUGGGGCGCUUGCGCCAGGUGAUCCCAUGGGCGGUGCCGUGGCGCGGCAUCUCCACGAAUCGCGUGCUGGGCGUGUCUGGCACGAAGAAGGGUAAGAUCGUGGAGGCGGCCAAGAAGAGCGGCUACAAGAAGGGUGGGGCGGGGGCCGGCAAGAAGCUGGGCAAGAAGGGCGUGGAGAGCAAGAAUGUCAAGGACGCUGGGGUCGGCGCAACGAUUCGCGUCCAGGUGCAAUCCAAGCGCAAGACGAUCGAGCCCAAGAUCAAGAUCAGCGACGGCGAGCGGCAGACGAUGCUGGCGGAGCUCAACCGGCUGGCCAAGGAGACCAGCCGGAUCUUGAUGAACGAGCACAGGGAGAAGCAGUGGUCCGAGGGGCGGAUGCUGGCGGCGAAGGUGGCGGCGAUCGGGGCGCUGCCGGAUCACCUCCGCGCCGGGAUCAAGACGCCGGUGAUGGGGAUGAGGAAGACGGCGCUCAAGGCAGUGCCGCCCACGAUUCUACCCCCGAUUGGCGGCUAUGCGGUGGACACGGCCGCGUCGCUCAAGGCCGCGGUGGUGAAGAAGAGGAGGUGA